GCUUAAUAGUAUUCGUGACUUCUAAAAAUGAGUCUUUCAUCCGAUCUCGCAAAUCUUCAGAUCAGCGGCACUAAAAAGCAGCUGUCUGUUGUGCCACCCUGGCACCGAUAUCAUACUUCUGACCAGAGUUGCACUAUGCUUUACCUUGUCUCCUCUCCACUGCCAAGCAACGUCACUACCGUUCUGUUUGAUAUCACAACUCGCAAUCAAGGAUGGUGCCUCAACCCUCAAGAUGGCCUUUGGUCCUGGUUCGAGGUCUCCAUACUGGGCUCGUGGCAGGAGAAUGCAAUGCCUGACCUGGGUCAUUUGAUGAAUCCGCCGUAUAUCCAGCCAUGUCCGGACGACUUUGGCGAGCUCCUGCAAGAACAAGGACUAUACUUUAAGGAAAUACCCUCUGGGAUUGCUGCCUCAAGCUCGAGAAUUAGCAUGGAGCUAUUCAGAACCAGCAUGAGUCGCAGUUGGAUCGAACAGGUGCUCAUUUACCAAAAGGACGGCAGUGAGAGGGGGGAAUCUUUUGCUUCGCUGCUGGAGGAAGGCGAUCGGCUGGUUAUCUGGGCGCGAACAAAGUUCCCUGGAUGGGUCAAUUAUGUCAACCAGGCUAGCAUCAUGAUAUCAACCGCUGUAAGUCCCAGUGUCAAAGAUGCAGUUGAAGGCGGCGCAAGUGUGCUAGGCAGCGCGCAGUCGGCCCGUCUGCCACAACUUGUGGAGAGAGAUUCGCUACUUCCCUCGAACGAUGUGGAGGAGUUGACUACGAGGACAGAUAACAUUGCGAACAUCGACUGGCAAAAAGUCAUAAACGACAUAGUCAAUGUCCUAUGUGGCGAGCCUCUCGCAAGGCGCAGUACUCGGGGUUAUAGCACCCCAGGCAGAGCGGUAUCCACCCUUCCCGACAUAGAGAAGGAUUCCGUAGAAAGAGAUAAUACUUCUUCUAACCAGAUUCCGACGCGAAAUGAACCAGACAAGGACGGCGACAAGGACGGCAUGAUCGCCGAGGAACAAGAAAAUGAACAGAUAUCUCGAUUAGAGGCUGCCUUGGCACAUAUGUCUCCAUAUGAUUCUCACAAACCUGAUGUGCUUUCAAGUAUUGGUUUCGGUUACAUGUUCCGCUACAGGAGGAAUUCGAAAAAGGAGGACAUCGAGAAAUCACUCCAUUUUCAUCGCCUAGCAAUGGAGAUGGAAACUGAAAAUCGGGUUUAUCGAGCACGUCUUGUGUUAGCCCUGCUCGACCGAUGGAGGGGUUUCCAUGAUCGCGCGGAUCUCGAUCUAGCCAUCAUCGAGCUUGAAAAGGUAGUUCCCCUUCCUCUGAGUUUCUCUCAGCGUCAAGGGUACUUGCAAAGUUUCGCCAAUGCAUACCUAUCACAUUAUCGAGAGACAGGCAGUGAGGGUGACCUCAAGAAAUUGUGCGAGCUAUAUAAGGAACUUCAAUCUACCUUUCCUGCCGGUUCCGUGGAGAGAGCCAUCUACGGAGGUCAGCGGAUGGAGUAUGAUGAGACGAGCAGCAGUGAGGAGCGCGAUAUGGUACUGAGACAGAUGGAAGAUGCUCUCAGCCCCACCCCAGCUCACCCUCGAAGAUAUCAAACCUUGCUCAAACUCUUGUCUAAGCAGUACUACGCGCGAUGGGAGCGAACGGGAGAUACCAAAGAUCUCGAAUUGGCGCUUGCUAGGGCAAAAGACCAUGUGUCGACAUUACCUGCCAACGACGUUAGCGAGUGGUCUGCGGAGGCGUAUGAGCAUCUAGGUCACAUGCAUAGAAAGAGGGGGCUAAGAAGUACGAAUACUGCGGAGCUGGUGGCUGCUUGCGACCAGAUGGAAAAGGCGUUGCGUGCAGCUCCGCCCAACAGCCUAGUUCGCGAUCGGGUCGUCGUCAUGAAGGCUGAAUUUCUGGCCAUGUUGCCACUCGAGCCCCAUCAAAGAGAAGCUUUGCUGAGGACUGCCGCCGAGAAAUGUGACGCCCUACGCAGAACUUGGUUUGAGCGCUUCAGCAAUCCUGCAAAGAGGAGCCUUCUCGAUUUUAUCACUUGGCACUACUGGAAUUUAUAUCAGUUCACCAAUCACCCCGCCGAUCUUGAGCAUGCCCUUAGGUCACUGGAGGGGAGUUCACAGACUGACAGUCUUCGGGCAGGCGGGAGUAGAGAUAUGCUUUGCUGGAGUGGGGAGAUGUGGCUGGCAAAGCCCUCCGAGACCCGGGUCAGUGAUGGUACGGCUACCGGCAGGGGUAUGCGCUAUCUCAUACAAAGCGCUGCCUCGGACAGAUCCCUACCGAGCGAGCGUGUGUUAAGCGCUGUGAGAAUUGUUUAUAAUGCCAACCACUGGGGAAACUGGGAACUGGCCUUGGAAACCGCAGAACGGAUCUUCCCAUUGCUGCCUCUGAUCACCGGCCGUGAACUGAGCAAUGAAGACAAAAUCUACACCUUGCAAGGAAUCUCCACUUUCGCCAGCGAAGUCUCUGCUGCAAUCCUAAUGUUGAAACCACCCAUGGAGGCGCUGCUGAAACUGGAGGUCGGUCGAGGGAUCGUGAUGGGAGAUCUGUUUAACAGUCAGGGCGAUCUUUCAGAUCUACAGCAAGCGCAUCCAGACCUAGCUCAGCAAUACGACAUGCUGCGUCACCAGGCCUUCGACAGCCUGAAGCGCGACGCAUGGGAGACGCGGCAGACUCGGCUACUGAAUGAGCGCCGCAGCGUUUUCCAGGAGCUGCAGCAGUGUGAGCGACGGAUUCGAACGAAAACCGGCUUCGAAGGAUUUCUCCAGCCCAUGAACAUCCGUCAGCUAGUCGACUGUGCCCGCGAGGGCCCGAUCAUCGUCGUCAAUAUCACGUGCACCAAUGCCGAUGCCAUAUUUGUCCUCUCGCCGAGCAUAGUCGGCCAUCACAGACUGGAUACCAUGAUUACUCGGGCGGUGGACAAGUUCCGCGAACGCCUCAUGAGACGCGAAAUGGCUGGGUUGCAUGGCGAUUCCUGGUCCUGCGAAAAAGGCUCCAGUGCAAGGGACCUGGAGAGCGACUUACCCCCGGAGGCAUAUGACAAUGAUCUCCUCUCCUGGCUGUGGUAUACAUGCGUGAAGCCUAUUCUGAGCUCUCUGGCCUCUGAUGGGCAUAUCUCUACCGGAGAAGAGAAGAGUCGGGUCUGGUGGAUUGGCACCGGGGCUGCCGGUGGGCUGCCUUUCCAUGCCGCCGGAGACUAUAGCCAGGGUCCGGGACUCGACGGCGAGAGCUGUCUCGACCACGUAAUUUCCUCGUACACGCCGACCAUCAAGGCCCUCCAUGCCGUGCGUGCCAAGGCGACGGCGCAACAGUCAUCACGCCGGACGACGAUGGAGAGACCCUCUCUACUUGUCGCCACCAUGCCGGAGACUCCCGGCCAUGGUGCGCUGCACGGGGUUCGCCACGAAGCCCAGGGUAUUAUCGACGCUGUGGGUAGAGCUAUGGACGUCAAGCAACUGAUUAGUCCCUUCACCGACGAGGUCCUUUCUCAGCUGCAGGAAUCAGAGCUUGUGCACUUCGCCUGCCACGGGUACUCCGACCCUGGCGAUCCGGCCGACAGCCAUCUGCUUCUGCAAAGGCAAAGUGAGUCUGGUCUGGUUGUCGACAAGCUCACUGUCUCCAAGCUUCUGGACACGCACGCGAUGUCACGGGCGUGGAUUGCCUAUCUGUCCGCCUGCUCCACGGCCGAGAUCCGCGACAGAAGGCUGCUGGACGAGGGGCUGCACAUUACCAGUGGUUUCCUGAUCGCGGGCUUUUCGCAUGUCAUUGGGUCUCUGUGGCCGGCAGAGGACGAGGUUUGUGUGCACAUGGCCACAUACUUCUACGAGGCGCUGAUUACGCGACGUGCCACGGCCACUGAUCCAAACCGCGCGGUGGCGGAGGCGGUUCGCGAUGCGACACUGCGGAUUAGAAGCCAGUACUGGCAGAAUCCAUUGGCUUGGGCUUUGUAUACUCAUGUGGGAGCUUAGUGGUUUAUCAAGGGGGUGUCGCAUUUCAAAUGACAAAUGGAC